UAUUAUAAUAACCAAAAAGAAAAAAAAAGAGAAAAAGAAGAAGAAAGAAGGAAACGAAAAAAAAAAGAAAUGAAAGAGAAAAGAAAAAGGGAUGAUGAUCGAUGCCACGCAUUAAUGUAAGUACCAGUAGCCGAGUUUUUCGCGAGUGAAAGAUAGUGCCGAGGGCAUUAAACCUAACAGAUGUUCACCUUUAAAUGAAAAUGGAUCGGCAUUAGUUACUCGCGACGUUAAAUAUGAAUCAGGAUUAAUUUCCGUGCGGUUCGGUGUUAACUACGAACGAAGAGGAAGGAAGAAGAUCGAACGGAGAUCGAACUGAAAAUGAUCACUGUGUUAUCAUUCAUUAUCUUGCUGAUCGUCAAUUUCUUCUAUCAACAUCUUGGAGUUUUCCUGUAACAUCUGGAUUUCAAUCAUCGGCUUCAUUUAAUAAAAUAAUUCUAGGAGGUCAAUUAAAAAAAAUGUCAGCCGACGUGAGAGCUGGUCGACCUACAGUGCCAACAAUUCCUCAAUCGAAGAGGCCUACCAUUUUGGUCUAUCCAACAGUAACACCGGAGAGCAUUAUUAUUCCCAUAGUAUCUUGCAUACUUGGGUUUCCAUUACUGGCUUUAAUGGUAAUCUGCUGCUUAAGAAGAAGAGCCAAAUUGGCGAGAGAACGUGCGAGAAGAAGGAAUUGUGAUUUGGAUCAUGGCGCUCUUAGUUUAGUCCGUUUUAGUCCGGUUCAUCGUUUAGCUGGCGUUGAUCGUCCAACGAGAACCGUAUCCUUGAAAAGUGAUCGUGGAUCAAGAGCAUUUCCAUCGUUAGAACUGGAUACCGUUGUCGAAGAAAGAUCUGAUCCUGAACAAAGUACUGCAUUGGAAUUGAGUAGUCCUGACUAGCAUACAAUAUUGGCACCGCCGAGAUCUCCUAGAUCGCCCAAAUCUUUAGCGGUGCCAAUAGACCAUAGCCCUCUAUGGACAGCUUUGACUCAAGCUAAUACAGUAUCUACUACUUUUGGAGAUACCUAGCAGGAAAUUGAAGGCGAGGGCAGUUAUAUCGAAGCUCUCGUCCUUGAUUUGCCAAUUAUAUAUUAAAAUAAAUUUAUAUUCGCGAUGGGAUAUCUUUCUCAAAUAUCAGAUUAAUUAGAAAAUUGAACAUAAUAAUUUUUCAUGUUUGAAAGUAUAAUUGAAAUCAUAUAGUAAUAACGAUAAUUAUAAAAGAGAUAAAAAGAAAUAAGAUCUAUUAUUAACAAAUAAGCUUUGCAUAGGAGGAAAAAAAAAUGAAAUAGAUAAUUAAAUUUUGUACCGAAACAACAAUCAUCAAACACGAUGUAUCAGAAUUGUACGUAAAGCUUUUUACACGUUAGUGAUAACGACAAUUAAUUUAAUAAGUAGAAAUAUAAUUACUAGAUAUGCUAAUGUAAAUAUAACUUUGCUAAUACAUACAAAAAAAAAAAAGAAGAAAUAAAAUCCUAUAAAUAGAGAAUCGUAUAAUUAAAGUCCAUAUAAAUGAUAUUUCUUUUGGUUUCCUUUUUAUAAUUUUCUAAUAUCGAUUCACUUUAAUUAUUGCAUUCUUAAUGAAGAACAUAAGAAAAUAUGAAUAUUGAGUUUUCAUCUUUGUAAAUAUUUACAUAUAAAUAGGUGUUGUCAACUCAUACAAAUUAUGUCAUCACUUAAAAAUCAUUGAUACAUAAUAUUAAAUAUUAAUAUAUCGAUAAUAAGUGUUUAAAAGAAAAUAUUUAUAUAAGGACACUUUUAAUAAGCUUCUUUUAAUUUCUUUCAUUUUCUUAAUAAAUGCAUAUAUGC